CGUGGCAUAGGAGGCUACCAUAUUGAAUCUCGCGUAGAAUCUCGUUCUAAACUUCCUUUUCCGGUGUGCAGCCAUCUUGAAUCACAAAGAUGUUGAUGCCCAAGAAGGCCCGUAUUGCCGUGUAUGAACACCUCUUUAAAGAGGGUGUUAUGGUGGCCAGAAAAGAUUUCAUUGCACCAAAACAUCCAGAACUUGACAAUGUUAGGAAUCUGUACGUGAUUAAGGCAAUGCAGUCUCUCAAGUCCAGGGGAUAUGUAAACGAACAGUUUGCAUGGCGUCACUACUACUGGUAUUUGACCAAUGAGGGAAUCCAGUAUCUGCGGGACUUUCUUCACCUGCCACCCGAGAUCGUGCCCUCUACACUUAAAAGACAAGCACGGCCAGAGGCUGCUAGAGCUGUCCGACCAAAAGGUCCCGAAGGCCCAAGAUCAGGUCCUGGAGCAGCAGAUAGAGCAGAAUACAGAAAAGCUGGACCACCUGGAGUUGACAAAAAAUCAGAAGUUGGAGCUGGUGCAGACCCAAGUUUUAACUUCAGAGGUGGUUUUGGCAGAGGAAGGGGAGCACCACAACAGUAAAUGGGAUUGUAGGAGACUUAUAAACUUGGUAUCACUGUACAGAGAAAUUACAUACAGGACUCUGAUUUUUCAUCUUAAUGAGACAGAAGAUUCUGCAACAAUUUUGCAUAAGUGUUCUAAGUAAGCAAAAAAAUUAAUAAAACUAAAAAAAAAGGAGAAUCUUCAAUAAGGAAAUGUUCGUGUUGUUGUUGUUCUUUUCUUUGUGAAAAUUGCACCUUUAUGUAACUAAGGCAUUCAGAGAUGUGUUUGGAGUCAUUUUUCUGACAGAAAAGUCGACCAAAUACCACCAUAUAGUACAAGUUUCAAAUAGCAUAACUUUCCUAAAGACAUCUUUCAUAUCAUUUGAAAAAUUAAUUUUUCUGCUUGCUGUAUAUAAACAGGGCAGAUAAGUAGGACAAAUGAGGCUAAAUUAAAGACCCUCAUUGCAUCUAGAGAUUUAA